CACCAGCAAACGUUUAAUGCAGCAGCAGCAGUUCAAAUGCAACAUAAUGCCUAUACACAUGGUGGUGCAAUUGUUGGUAGUGUAAAUGCAAAUGAUUUUCCAAAUAGUAGUCAUAGUGGACAUGGCAACAAUAAUAGUCAUGUUUUAAAUGCUAUACAAACAAGUUUACCACCAAGUAAUCAUAAUAGUAGUAAUAAUAAUAAUACAAAUGUUGCUACAACAACAGCAACAACAGCCACAACGACAACAUCCUCUAUAGGCGAAGAAACAGGUGCAGUUAGUCCAAAUGAUAUGAUGAAUACGGGUAGCGGUGGUGUUGCUAGUAACGGUGUCGCUGCUGUUAAUUAUGGUGCAACAUUUUUUGGUAAUGAAUAUCAUCAUCAAUUAACACAAACCGCUUUAAUGGCCAAUACUUCAACAUAUGCUGCUGCCGCUACAUCAGCAGCAGCUAUGCAGGCUUCUGCUAGUACAGCAAUGUUGACAAAUUAUUGUGAUGCCGCUAUGAUGAUGGCAGCUGCUGCUGUUAAUGCUAAUCAAUGUUUGCAACAACAGCAACAACGUAUCGCCUUAAUGGCCAAUUGUCAAAAUGCGAUCAAUGCCAGCAGCAGCACUAGUAAUGAUGAACAUGAUUUAACAAGUUUAUCGAAAAACUCUUCACCACUGAACAAUGAGGCAACAGCUUUGGUAUCUUCAGCAUUAUCCUCAGCCUCGUCAACAAAUUCAACCACUUCAUCAUCUGCAUCAUUGUUGUCGUCGGUCUCAUCUGCGGCCACAACAUCGCCUUCCAUAACUCUGGUUAAUACAGCAUCACUUAUAUCGACAAAUGCUACAGCUAGUGAUAUUGCUGCUGGUCAUCUUCACCCACAUCAUAUACAUCAUCAUCAUCUUCAUUCUCUUCACAAUCAUGAGCAUCUCCAACAUCAUCAUCACCAUCAGCUUCACCACCAUGUUGAGCCAGUAACGUCACCAAAUUUAAUCGAUAUCAGUGAAGUUCCUCUUAUAGUGGAUGUCAAGUAGUGUAAUUUAUUAUUUAAUUAAUAAAAUGGAAAAAAAAAUCUAAAAUACAAAAAAAAUUUAAAAAAAUUACAAAAAAUAUAAAAACCAAAAAAAAAAAAGAAUUAAAUUAAAUUUGUAUUUUUAAAUAGCAAAAAAUGUAUAAAAGAAUAGUUAAAAUAUUUCUAAUUCCUUUAUUUUGUAAAUAGUUUUUAUCUCCUAAAUAUUUCAGUUGUUUUUACUUAAUUUAUUUAAAUUUAAUUAAAAUUUUAGCUGUUAAUUUUUUUCUAUUUACCACACAAAUUGAAGUCAUUUUGUAUUUGAAAUACCAACGUUCUUUUUACAGAUUAACCCAUAACUGAGUUAUCAAAACUUUAAGCUCAAAAUCCAUUUGCAGAGAGUAAAAUAAUUUUAAUGUAAGUACAAAAUAUUAAAACUUUUUUUUUUUUGAGAUUUUUUAAAAAUGUUUUCCAUACUGGUGGUCGUCUAGUCAAUAUAUUUGUAACUUUAUUGCUGAUUCUCCAUUUAAAGCUCUUCCUAAUACAAUUACACUUUAUUUUGAAUUUUAUUUCAUGUAAUAGACUUACGAUUUGAUAAAAUAGUUUCAUUUGCUGCAACUAAAUGCACCAACCAUACAUUUGUACUUGAAAGCUUUCUAUAUGUAUUCGGUUGCUACAACAAAUUCUCCAUGUAAAGCUCUACCUAUCAUAAUUAGGCUUUAUUUUAAUAUUACUUCAUGUAAUAGACUCACAAUCUGAUAGAACAGUUUCAUUUGCUGCAAUUAAAUGCACAAACCAUAUAGUUGUACUUGAAAACUUUCUAUGUGUAUUCGGUUGUUACAACAAAAUCUCCAUUUUUAAAUUCCUAACACAUUUACACUUUAUUUUGAAUUUAACUUCAUGUAGUAGACUUACGAUCUGAUAAAACAGUUUCAUUUGCUGUAACUAAAUGCGCAAACCAUACAAUUGUACUUGAAAGCUUUCUUUAUAUAUUCGGUUGUUACAACAAAUUAUCCAUUUAAAGCUCUUCCUAACACAAUUAGACUUUAUUUUAACUUAUGUAAUAAACUCACGAUCUGAUAAAACAGUUUCAUUUGCUGCAACUAAAUGCACAAACCAUACAGUGGUACUUGAAAGCUUUCUAUGUGUAUUCGGUUGUUACAAGAAAAUCUCCAUUUAAAUCUCUUCCUAACACAAUUACACUUUAUUUUGAAUUUAACUUCAUGUAGUAGACUUACGAUCUGAUAAAACAGUUUCAUUUGCUGUAACUAAAUGCGCAAACCAUACAAUUGUACUUGAAAGCUUUCUUUAUAUAUUCGGUUGUUACAACAAAUUAUCCAUUUAAAGCUCUUC